AUGCGAGAAGGCACGGCGAUGGGAAGAAGCUCUUGGCUUGUUGGCAGAGGCUUUUGCACAAACGAUUGUGCCGGACCGAGUCCUGUACAGCAGCGCUAUCAGUGCAUGCGAGAAAGGCAAAGCUUGGAAGUCGGCCGUGCGCCCAAAAGCCGCCGUUCCAGAAGUUCUGGUGUUUUGCUGCUGCUGCUGCCUCUAGUCAAGUCGAGUCGUUCCGCUGGUCUCGUCUAG